AUGGCAUCUGGCCAAGAGAAGGAUAUGGCAAGGGAGGAAGGGCCCACUGCACCUAAUGAGGUGGUGAACAAUGCUGCUGAGAUUGACCUCAAUCAAGAUGAGGCAAUGGCUGACAUUGAGCUGGAUGACAUCGAGAACUUGGACCUGGAGGAUGAGGAUACCUAUGUUGAAGUUAAUAACCAUGGUGAAGCUGAUAACCAUGGUGAAGCUGAUAACAAUGGGGAGGGGGACAACACCGGUGAAAAGGAGAACACUGGUGAUGAAAAUGACUUCACUGAGGGUGAAGGCAUGAGUUAUCCUAUCUCCGAGGAGAUUGUCCAACUCUAG